GUAGUUCAGCCCCACACCCGCGACGGACAAGAUGGCGCCCGGCCCGAGUCCGGCCAAAGAGAUUGCCGCCGAUCGCCGAACCGCGCCUGGGAGUCUCCUGGGGGUCCUGGCCUAGCAUCGCACCGCGGCUCCUACGUGAAGUCAGCCCAGCGUGUUUGAGCUGAUCUUAUCGUACUCUUUGGCACACCACUGCCCUCUCCUACAGGCAGAGUAGACACAAGCAGAAUGUUACGAUAACUAAGUCUUGAGACUCGGCCUACUUACACUCCCGCCCCCACCAGAGAGACAGUCCCACAGCCUCUGGCGGAGAAAAGAAGGUUCGCGCGAAAAGCUGACUCGAAGCCUGAAUCUUCUGGGAAGUGUAGUCCAUAGUCAAUGAGUGGCGUGGAGGACAGGCCGAGACCGGUUGAUUCCGUCCAGUUCUGAGCCGGGAGCCGGCAGAGCUCGAGAGACCUCUGGAAAUGUUCGCCCGCCGAAAGAGUGCGCAGGCGCAGACUCUCCGGCUCGCCAUGGUCGUCUUUGUCUGCUGAGGAAAGAUUUCCGAAAAACUUGUUACUGGGUGCCUAUACUCCCAGCCAGCAUCUUGUGCAUCCCCAGGAGCUGCACUUUCCUUACCCCUCAACAGUUCUUAGAGUCCUAAGGGCUCAGCCUGAAUUCUGGGAUGCUGCUUUGCCCCCCAGCCAUAAUGUCCAAGUCCUAUGUCACUUUUUCAUUUACAAGCUUAAAGUCACCAGUUCAGACAAGAAGAGCAAUGGAUGAUUGAGGAAGAGAUGUGAAAGAAGGUUCUCUCUAGAAAAGAAUCCCUCCAUUAUCUGACACCUGGCAACCACCAGCAUUUUUGGAGUUUAACAGUAAGAAAAGAAGCCUGGGAAGUUUAUAAACAGAUAAAGACACAACAUGAAAGACUUGUGAGUUAAGUCUCAUCUUUCUCUGUGAAAAUACAGAGAAACUCAAAACCUAGGAAACAGUAAAGUAUUUCUUCUGAACACAGUCAUUGAUUCUUCAAGAUUGUACUUCUUUGUAUAGGACUCAGUUUAAAAGAGUUUGCAACAUAAUUUAUACUCAUACAUAAUUUAUACUUAAAUAUGAGAGAAGCAGUGUAGGAAAGAACCCUUAAGAAUAUAAAGAGGAUGCUAUAGUUCAUCCCUUUUUGUAAUUGUCUCAUCUCAGGGUAAUCAACAUGAGAAGUGUUUCAUCAUAAAUUUAACUUCUUUAGAUUCCUGAGAAUUAAUAUUGAAAAGAAACUAUAUGAAUUUAUUGAGUAUGGAAAAGCUUUCAUCCUUUUUACAUCUCAAUAGAUACUAGGGAAAUCUCCUAGGAGAAAAUCUGUGUGCAUGAUAGGACUGUUGGAAAGCCUUUAGCAUGAAUUACAUCUCCUUCAGCAUGAUCAGAUUCAUACUGAAUAGAAACCUUAUGAAUGUAAUGAAUGUAGAAAAACCUUUAGCCUGAAACAAAACUUCACAGAGCAUAAGAAAAUGCAUACCGGCGAGAAAUCACAUGAAUGUACUGAAUGUGGUAAAGUGUUCACUCGAGUCUCAUCCCUGACUCUCCAUUUGAGAAGUCACACAGGAAAGAAAUUGCAUAAAUGUAAUAAAAAAUGUGGAAAAGCCUUCAGCCAGAAGGGAAGCUUCCUUUCUCAUCAGAAACAUCUUACUGGAGAGAAACCUUAUGAAAGUGAGAAAGCUUCUAUUCAGAUGCCAACCCCCAAUACACACCAGAAUAAUCACACAGGAAACAAACCUUAUGCAUGUAAGGAAUGUGGGAAGUCCUUUAAUGGCAAAUCAUAUCUCACUGAGCAUGAGAAAAUUCAUACUGGAGAGAAACCAUUUGAAUGUAAUCAAUGUGGAAGAGCCUUCAGCCAGAAGCAAUACCUCAUUAAACAUCAGAACAUCCAUAGUGGAAAGAAACCUUUUAAAUGUAAUGAGUGUGGAAAAGCCUUUAGCCAGAAGGAAAACCUCAUUAUCCAUCAGAGAAUCCAUACUGGAGAGAAACCUUAUGAAUGUAAAGGGUGUGGGAAAGCUUUUAUUCAGAAGUCAAGCCUCAUUAGACACCAGAGAAGUCAUACUGGAGAGAAACCCUAUACGUGUAAGGAAUGUGGGAAAGCCUUCAGUGGUAAAUCAAAUCUCACUGAGCAUGAGAAAAUUCAUAUUGGAGAGAAACCCUAUAAAUGUAAUGAAUGUGGAACAAUCUUCAGGCAGAAACAAUACCUCAUUAAACAUCACAACAUUCAUACAGGAGAGAAACCCUAUGAAUGUAAUAAAUGUGGAAAAGCCUUUUCUCGGAUCACAUCACUUAUUGUACAUGUGAGAAUUCAUACAGGUGAUAAGCCUUAUGAAUGUAAGGUAUGUGGAAAAGCCUUCUGUCAAAGCUCAUCUCUUACUGUGCACAUGAGAAGCCAUACAGGUGAAAAACCCUAUGGUUGUAAUGAAUGUGGGAAAGCCUUUUCUCAGUUCUCAACUCUUGCUCUGCAUAUGAGAAUCCAUACUGGUGAAAAACCUUAUCAGUGUAGUGAAUGUGGGAAAGCUUUCAGCCAAAAGUCACAUCACAUUAGACACCAGAGAAUUCAUACUCAUUAAAGCUCUAUGAAUGCCUUGGACUUAGGAAAACCUUCAGCACAAUUUAUACUUAAUAGUAUUUCAAAAAAUUCAUUUUACAUUAAAGCGACAUCAAUGUGGGAGAUCUUUCAGCAGCAAUUCAAAACUUAAAAUACUGUGUGUUUAGUAAGUAUCAUAAUAUAAUGAAAUCCUGUAACCCAAACUCCCACCACACACAUGGACACUAAGUAGCUUGUUCCUGGAAGGCCUACCAGAUGCGUUAAGAAAAGAGAUAUAAGAGGUACAGGAUUUGAAAUUAAGAGACAAAAUUAUUGUUGUAUGUUUUGAUACAUGUAUGAUUUGUAAAACUGUAAUCAUCAAAAUUGUUGAAGCAAUUAUAGACAAUUGAGAUUAUGACAGAAUACUGAAUCCAGAAAUACAUGCAUGAAUUUAUGGGGAAUUGGUAACUGAUAGAGGUGGUAUCCCAGAUUGGCGGGGAAAUCAUGGAUAAUUUAAAAAAUGGUCUCAGGGUAAUUGACUCCUUAUAUGGAAAA